CCUUUCGGCUUGGAAGAGACACAUCUCUGCCAACUUGCAUUCCAUACUAGGCCCCUUCCCAUAUCACGAUGGGCGUAGCAGGCUUGACGACAUUCUUGCGCGAAGGACGGACCUCGCUUUCGGUAGUCAAUCAAGUCGCUGGAGUGAUCAACGAUUCUUUGACGCAUGGAGAGCUGGAAGGACGGUAUACAGAACCUCCGCAGGGCGAAUGGACACCGGUCGUGAUAGAUGCUUGGUCAUUCAUCUUUGGCUUAUACGAGGGCAACGUGCCGUGGACGACUGGAGGAGAUUACCAUGCAUUUGCAGUGCUGAUCAAGAAGACCUUGAUAUGCUGGAACCGAGUCGGAAUCGUUCCUUAUUUCGUUUUCGAUGGACCUCGACCCAGAUCCAAGCACCAAACGAUUCUGAGCCGUAUGGAGAACCCACUCAAGGUCGCACAGCUAUUCUACAGGACAUCGGUAACCUCGCGAUCACAUCCGUCGUUUCAACGCGACGAAGGCCUUCUUCCGCCGUUCGUCCUACCUAUCUUGAACGAAGUGCUUCACAAAGAAGGAUUUAGGGAUGGGAUCCAGAUCUUUCACGUCGCCGAGGGAGAAGCCGACGGCUAUUGCGUCAGUCUGGCAGAGGAGCUCGGAGCGUUCGUCUUGGGGAACGACUCGGACUUUGCGAUCCUCGGAGCUAGUAUCGGCGAGACCGGCUACCGGGGCUAUGUACCGAUCGAGAUGGUACAGUGGGUCUUGACGGAGGAGGAACCGGCCUCGACAUCUGCGGCUUCGACCGUGGCAGGCUCAGAAUUCGAUGACGACGACGGUUUUACCGUCAAGCGAGCCAAGAAGUGGCCUAACCGCCGUGGGAUGAUAUCCAAUAACUCGACCACACAAACGCAGAUUGUCAACGGGCUCGCACCGCCAGCCUUGAACAUCUCGCCGUUUCCCGACGCCGUGAGAACGUUGAGAUUCGUCAUGCCGACGUACAGUCCAGCGACAUUGUCGGAGCGUUUACGGAUACCACCGACCCAUCUACGGCUGUUGGCAUCGCUUUUGGGAACCGAUCACUCACCACCAGAAGCGCCAGCACUGUUCUUCGAUCACAACAUGAAGAAGUCGGCCAGGAUCGAACAUACGGCAAACGUUAUCCGAGAGUGCCUUGUCCCGGGUGCAUCAGCCAGGUUGAAAAGGAAACGACUACCACAUUACGCAACACCUGCUAUCUUCCGCCCUCGAGCCAAAGACGAGGGUAUUGCUGCCUUUUCCGAGGCAGAGAGCGGAUCAGCCAUCGCUAAUGCCGGCGAUGAGCUUUACUCUUUUAUCUCACUCGUCGUGCAGUCUCUCUUGCUCAGGCCCCUUGCCAAGGACGAGAUGCUGCACGAUCUCGUCAUUAGCUUGAUCGAGGCUACGUGCCAUUACAUCCUUCCGGGAUCUCCAACUGAGCUAGGACUCGAUCUAGAUAGCAUCGGGUCACCGAUCACUGGAUACUGCUGCUCUACAUAUCCUUAUUGCGUAUGUCAUCCGAUCGAAGAGGUCGGACCGUCUAUCAAAGGAUCUACAGAGCCCAACGAGAAUCAAUUGGAACGAGCUCGGCAGCUCUAUGCGCGAGCCAACAAGUCGGGACAUAUGAACACCUUGUCGGCCUACCUGCAUUCCGACCGGUCCUAUCUGCAGAGUUGCCUCGCCGAUCCAGAGGGACAGCCGCUAAGAGCGCUAGAAGAGGCUAGUGGCCUUCGGAUCACGUCGUGGGAGAUCAUGCUGGAUGCAUUGAGAUAUCUCCCUUGCGAGACGAAAGCUAGUCCAGUACAGGAUGAGACCGGUGUGCAAGCCACCGUCGAUGUAGACGAAGAGGAAGAGGUGGCAGAGCCCGCGGGAGACUCUGGGACAGCAGGUCAGGACGAGCUAGAAGCCGAUAUUCCCGAAGUCGAGGAUGGGAACUUCUAUGUCGUCGAUUAUUUGCGUCUGGGAUCUUCCACUCGUCUAACCGAGUUUUAUCUCCCCCUGUUUACUGAACCGGCUCUUUACAACCUCAUUGCCAUCAAACCCGUGCAAGAACGGUUCGAGCACUUUGCAAGCCAUUUCAAUCUUCUCGAAGGCAAAUCAUCACGAAUGCCCGGCAAAUGGCAAGUCCUGGUUGCCUUGAUAAGAUUGUCAAUCGACAUGCAUACCAGCCUGGCUGCCAAGCGCAAGGCGAAAUUGUGGACGCAAAAAGAGGUUCGGCGAGCGAUCAUUGCUGGGAUUCUUAGCGAACGCCUGUGGUCAGGCCCAAGAGGUCGAGCUUCAUCGGAUGCAGCCCGCCUCAUGCUUGAAACGCGAAACUGCCACAUCGUCGCGCUCGUCACGACGGCGGGUCAGGAAGUGCUACAACUCGCACAGGCACUACGUUUGCAUGGCGCAGAAGUGCACAACAAAGCCGACGAGUUUCCCAAUGGCGAGACGACGACCGAAUUCUCGAUCGCACCUUACCGUUUCAUCGAGGGGACGGUCUGGCACCAGACGCUUACAUCGCCCGAGGAGAUCCCGCUUGACAAGGAGGCGACUUUCGUAGUCGAGAUGUGCAUGCAGGCUGUUGCCGAAGGAAGAGAGAGCAAGAUUCUCGGUUGGCGAGGGCCUGCCACAAGCAAGGAUACCUCGACUUCGGGGUCAUCAAGCAAGCAAAAGACCGGCAGCAAACCCAUUAAGGGGAACCAGCCCAUGAGCCGAUACGACAUGUUGGCCGGGGUGCCACUCUGAUCACAAACCAAUUUAUAGAUGGACGAGUCUUUGCGUUGUAUAUCGUGGUAGAUAGAGUGGGGUCACACAUAAUAUA